AUGUCUGUGAACAGCAAGCGGAUCGCGAACCCGGUGCUGUUCAUCUGCGAUGUGCAGGAGAAGUUCCGGGGCGCGAUCUGGGAGUUUGACAAGGUGAUCAAGACGAGUCAGAAGAUGGUCAAAGCAGCCAAAAUCCUCGAUAUCCCCAUCUUCGCGACAACACAGAACGCUGCCCGUCUGGGGAACACGGUCGAAGAGGUCUCUUCGCUACUCCCUGAAGGGUCGGCUUCCGCGAUCGACAAGACCGCAUUCAGCAUGCUGGUCCCGGACCUCCAAAGUCACCUGGAGAAGCUGGCUGCUGGCGAUGAGAAGCUGUCGGUGUUCCUUGUGGGCAUUGAGACGCACAUCUGCGUCACCCAGACGACGCUGGAUCUCCUUUCAGGGGGCCACAAGGUCUACGUCUUGGCGGAUGGAGUAUCGAGCUGCAACGCGGCCGAGAGACCCGUGGCGAUGAAUCGGCUGGCUAGAGAAGGCGCGAUCGUCACGACGAGCGAGAGCCUGCUGUUCGAGUUGGUCGGGGAUGCGAUGGACGGGAAUUUCAAAGCCGUUAGCGGCCUGGUCAAGGAAACGAAGGAGGACACCAAAGUGGCGGUCGAGACUUUUUGUCGGCUGUGA